UCUCUCCAUCACACACUGACUCUCCACACUGUGUGUAGUGGUGGUGCUGCUAGCUUAUCCUCCCUCUCUCCAUCACACACUGAAUCUCCACACUGUCUGUAGUGGUGCUAGUUAACCCUCCCACUAUCAUACACUGACUCUCCACACUGUGUAGUGGUGCUAGCCAACCCUCCCACCAUCACACACUGACCUCCCACAGCUGUGUAGUGAGCUAGCCAACCCUCCCCACCAUCACACACUGACUCUUCUCCACACUGUGUAGUGUGCUAGCCAACCCUCCCACCAACAUCCCAAAAAACAACCCACCCCCCAACGCCUACCUCACUCUACCAGCUUCAUACUACAUUACCGACACAAUUCAACAGUUCUUGAGAGAACAUUUCGUCUACAUUUCAACUCUGUUUAAUAUAAACUCGAGUCAAAAGACCAGUCAAGCGCUAUUACCAGUGGAUUAACUUGUGCCUCCUAAUAUCACUGAAAAUACACUGCUGGUGUUGUAGUCAAGAAGAAUUCAACAGUAGUGGUGCCACAUUUACUACAAGUGGACGACAGUGACGACAGAAGUGAACUCAUUCAAUGUCGGGCAACAUGAUUGGCAUGGUUGGUCCAGACACACUGUGUGGAGCAGAGUGCUUCGUGGGUCCAGAAGUCGGUGAAGGGAACACCCCAGACCACGCACUGCUGUACCGAGGUGGUGUAGUCACCUUCAUCCAGGCCAAUUAUGCUGAUCUCAUCUCCCGUGGUCUCAUCCCCUACCCUUAUUCCACACUGACUACUGAACAUGCACUUGCUGUCACUCGUGCUCUUGCCACUUUGCAUGCUCACACUCUCCUAGAGCAGGCAAAACAGAAUAAAAAAUCUAAUGCAGCCUCACCAUUUCAGAUUAAAAGAAAUGAAAAUGAAUUUCAAUCAGCAGCAUCUGUUACUAUAGAUGGAGCAGAGGGAGGAGAAUGUGGUACUGAGGAAUAUGUUGAGGCAGGCAGUGGUAGGCAUGUGUCAAGAGGCUGCGUCAAGGAUAAGUGGACGGCACAAAUAUCACAGUUACAUACUGUCGAGUCUAAUUUAUCAAUUAUGGUGGAUAAUUUAAAGAACUCUGGCAGUAAUGAGAGGACUGUUCGACGCUUGGAGGCGCUGCAUUCUGACCUUUCAACACUGACACAGUUUCUGCAGUUUGCCUCUGCCAUGCAGACCUGCAGAAUACCCAGUGUGGGUCCCAUAUGUGGCAGAGAUAUUUGGAUCAGAUCACAGGAACUGGAAGAGGAGGAGGAUAUGAUAAUUAUAAGACUGAGAGGCAGUCAAGAACUGGAAUCUCCUCCACUUCGUGAUGCCGCAUGGAUCUGGCUCACUCUGCUCAGAGGAGACACAUUACGUGACCGUUACAUGGAGCUCUGUGAUGAUUACUGCAAUACCUUUAAUAAGGUUCUCUUUCGCCAAGAGGCAGCAUCCGAGGUGGAGGAAAUCUCUUACUUUGAUGUGAUGCGUGAUUUAGGGGAAAAUUUCUUACAUGCAUUCAUGACUAUAAUACACAAAUUUGUUGUGUCUGGCACUUGGUUCUUUGAUCGUCAACUCCAUACUGAAGAAGGACUUCAAGAACUGGUGGAAGUAAUAAGCUUUUUGAUAGAUAAUGGAAUUGUUGGAUCAAUUUUUGUCAUUUGAUGAUUGCUUAGUAUUCCUCAGAUAAUUCACAAGAUAGAGGCCCAGAUGUGAAAUUCAGACCAAGUCUCCUGAGAUAGCAAGCAGUGCUUAUAAUAGGCAGUCUUUAACCCACAAACCUCACCCUAAAAGACAUUAUCACUUCAGAUGUCAAAAUAAUGUCACAGACUACUAGUGUUCACACUUCUGAAGGCUGAUGUUUUUAAGAAAUCUGUUAAGAACAUUAUUAAACAUAAAAGGUAAAUUAACUGUCAGCACACCACUGACUUAGUCUUAUUAAGAAUAAUACAAAAAUAAUACAGGCAUGCCUCAUUAAUACGGUGUUUGCUUUAGAGCGCUUUUAUUUUUGUUUUUUUACAAAGGAUUCUACAAGUUAAGGUUCCUAACUUUUUUACAAGCUAAGAGCUGUUACCUAUGUCAUCUUUUCAGUUAUAGUAGGACCCCGGCUUACAAUAUUAUUUCAUUCCAGAAGUACGUUCAGGUGCCAGUACUGAACGAAUUUGUUCCCAUAAGGAAUAUUGUGAAUUAGAUUAGUCCAUUUCAGACACCCAAACAUACACGUACAAACGCACUUACAUAAAUACACUUACAUAAUUGGUCGCAUUGGGAGGUGAUCGUAAAGCGGGGGUCCACUGUACAUUCAUAUCUAUUAUUUUCAUAGCUUGCCUUGCUCUUAAGAUGGUUUUCAGUCAUUUAAAUAAAAUGAUCUAAAUUUGCUUUUGCUUCAUUUUUUUAGGCCUAGUCCUAUUGCACACUUAAUAAAAGAUAGUGUAAACAAGUUUUAGGCUUUUAUAUGCACUUGUAAGUGAAAAAAAAGGCUGUGAUUUGAUUUAAGGUGAUAUUUGCUUUAUGGCAGCGGUCUGGAGCCUAACCUGCCAUAUUAGUGAGGUAUGCCUGUACGUUAAGAGAAAAAGCUUAUUCCUGAACUUUUUUUAUUCAGUUGAACAGAUUAAAACAAUGAGAAGCAGCAGGAAUUAGGCAGGACUGAAAUGACCCUCAGAUUUUUGACAAGGACAAUGACCAGGGGCAAGAAUCAUGCAGAAUUGAACCCCUGUAUCACUGAGGAUUUACAAGAUUCUGAACAACAUUCCAUUGGUCUAAGGUGUAUGAUGGAAACUAAUGUACCAACCUUACAUUAAGUACUGUGUAUUUUGAACUAAUAUUGUAUCUCAUAUUAUAUAGUACGCACAAAGCAUAUUUAACAUGUAGCUCUGAGGUACGUUAGUACACUGCGGCAGCUUUGAGUCAAUUUCCUACUGAUGCACACGUCAGCUUAUUAGAUAUUUAUCAUAUUUAAGGACAGAUUUCAGUAUUAUUAACUUGGGCCUUACAACAGAUGUUUAAUCCAGUAUUAUUAUAUUUAGGAAGCCAUUGUCUAAUAUAAUAAUAAUGAUACUCUCACCUUGAAACACGUAUAAAAAUGCAUACUAUAGCAAUACGAACUGUAAACUAGUAGAAAAUAACACGAGUAUAUAAAAUACAGGCGUCCCUCGACUUGCAAUGGGGUUAUGUUCUGACAAACCCAUAGUAAGUCAAAAAUAUCGUAAGUCAAAUUGGAUUUUGCCAAAUAAUAAAUAACUACAUCACUCAAUAAAUAAACAAAUAAUUACUGUAAACCAGCACUGAAAAGUACGUAAAUACUAAAUACAAGUUACAGACUUACUGCCUUCAUGCUGGGUAAUUAUCUAAAGUUUCAUUUCCAGAGUAAUUGCUUCUGCACCACUGUAAAGUCAAAAUAUUACAAGUCAAACCAUAAGUCAAGGAGUAUCUGUGCUUAAUAUACUGUAUACACCUAUGUUCUCACUGACUGGAGUACAUGUUCAGUGGUAUUCUUGGGCAUACAGCGAACAACCAGCCACUGAGGGUGUCAACUGGUGGUGAAGGGCAUCACAACACAUUCAUUUUUCCUUUUCUGUAGACAGCUUGCUCUUCCUUGAAGCCCAGAAUAAAUUAACGAGUUGCCUGUUAAUUUAAAGCCAGUGUGUGUCUGGUGACUAUUACUGUGGCAGAGUUUAAGCACCAGGGGGAUUAAGUGCUAUUGACAAGGGGUAUAACACCUUUGUAUGACCUUGCCAAAGACACCAAAAUUGCCAGGACCACCACUGCAUACAUGCACUAUGUAUAUUUAUGCAUGUACUUAUACACACAUGCUUACAGCAACCCACACCUUAAAAGAGAAAUAAACCUCAGCCUAGGUUGAGGGACUGAUUACCUCAUUCUCCUCCUGUUCAAGCUUCUCCUGUGUAUGGACUGAUGAAGCCACUGUGUGGCAAAACGUUUCCUUAAUAAAGAUACCCAAGAGUUGCACGUGUCUAAUUUAUCAACGUGUUGGUUCUGUGACCAUUCAUUUAUAAUGCUAGUGUACUAGAAAAAACAUUAUUAACAUUGUGUCAAAUUUUUUUAUGCAGGUCAAUAUUCUGGAAAUUUGUAUACUGUAUCUGAUGAAUUUAUAAUAAUAAUAAUAACAAUUUCAACUCCACGGGGAAAAGUACAACAGAAUUCUUCUGUAAGCCAUACGUGUCGUAAGAGGCGACUAAAAUGCCGGGAACAAGGGGCUAGUAACCCCUUCUCCUGUAUAAAUUACUAAAUUUAAAAAGAAAAACUCAUUUUUCUUUUUAUGUCACCCUGCCUUGGUGGGAGUUGACCAGUUUGUCGAAAAAAAAAAAAAUUUAAACCAGGGUACAGUGGACCCCUGGUUUACGAUAUUUCAUUCCAGAAGUACGUUCAGGUGCCAGUACUGACCGAAUUUGUUCCCAUAAGGAAUAUUGUGAAUUAGAUUAGUCCAUUUCAGACCCCCAAACAUACACACACAAACGCACUUACAUAAAUACACUUACAUAAUUGGUCCCAUUGGGAGCUGAUCGUAAACCGGGGGUCCACUGUACAAGCAAGUUUAUUCAGGUAUACACAAAUACAGUUACACAGAUCAUCAUACAUAGCAGUAUAUGUGUAGAGAACAUUAAUUUAAAAACACACAGUAUGCACAGAAUUUCUUGCAAACAGACUACAACAAGUUACAAGAUUAUUCUUUAAAGAGAAACAAAUUGUGUAUUUCUCUCCCUCUCAUAACAAAAAAAGGCACAAUACCGUGGCUGGAAUGAUACACAAAUAACCCGCACAUAGAAGAGAGGAGCUUACGACAACGUUUCGGUCC